AUGGGUCUUCAUCUAUCCCUUGCCAUGGAUGUGAAAGAUUUUCAGAUAAUUGGCGACUCGGAUUUGCUGAUUCAUCAGGUUCGAGGAAAAAGGGCCACCAAAAAUGAAAAAAUCAUACCAUAUGUGGGACUUGUACAAAGAUUGGUAGAUCGAUUUCAAGAAGUUCAGUUCAAACACAUACCAAGAAACCAAAAUGAGUUUCCUGACGCAUUAGCAACAAUAGCAUCCAUGAUUCAACAUCCUGACAGUAAAUACAUUGAUCCUCUCAAAAUUAAAAUCAAAGAUCAACCAGCCCAUUGUGCUUUUGUAGAAGUAGAGAUCGAUGGGAAACCCUGGUACGUCGACAUAAAAAUAUAUUUGGAAAAAGGAGAAGAUCCUGAAGGAAUUAUCAUCAAUCGAAAGAAGACUAUCAGGAAGUUAGCGAAUGGUUUCUUUCUCAACAAGAAUGUUCUGUACAAAAGAACCCCGAAUUUAGGAUUGCUUAGAUGCGUUGACUUCGUCGAAGCCACAAGAUUGAUUGAACAAGUGCAUGCUGGAACCUGCAGGUCUCACAUGAAUGGGUUCUGCUAG